GGGAUAUUUGAUGCUUCGAAAGACUUCAGUGUUCGAAUCGCGAGCUACGAUGGUCGACGCAGCGAGACCGGCGACGAAGUCGGACGUCAACAUCUGGGCGGCGACGGUCGCCAACGACUAUGCAACCGUUGAGCGUCUCCUUCGCGAUGGCGUCGCAGCGAACGAGCGCAACUCGCUCGGUGAGACCGCGCUGCACCUCGCGGCCUCGCGCGGGUACGACGACCUCCUGAGCCUCUUGCUGCGCCACGGCGGUAGUCCGCAUCUGCACGACAAGGAGUCGGGCUACACGCCAUUGCAUCGGAGCCUCCUCCACGACCACAUCAACACCUCCUUGCUCUUGCUCAACGCCGGCGCGCACUUGACGGUCGAAGAAAGCAGCGCGGUCGUCGAUCACGAUGGCCUAGCGCCCAUGGACCUCCUCUCGACCAAGCUCAGCGCGACGUACCCGCAUCAGUUGGCUUCUGCGCGGGGUGGUGAAAUCUACACAUUUGGCAAAGUCGACUUCCAGCUCGGGUACCACCUGCCGCACGGCGACGAGCAAGUGAUGCCACGCCGGGUCAAGUUGCCACCGCAGACGGACAUUGUCCAGGUCGCCGCCGCGCGCUACCACACGCUGGUCGUCUCGUCGUCCGGCGACUGCUUCUCGUGGGGGUUUGGAAAAGGCGGUCGGCUCGGCACCGGCACCGAGUUCAACUGCAUCCACCCAGUGCCCGUGCAUUUUCCGCAGCGCGCCGUGCUCAAGGUGGCUGCCGGCGAAAACCACUCGCUCGCGCUCACCACCGGCGGCCAACUCUUUUCGUGGGGCUCCAACAGCUUUGGCCAGCUCGGGUUCCCGCUGAAACUCACGUCGGCCGCGAGUCGGCUCUCGCCCAAGCGCAUCGAUGCCUUCAAAGGCGUCGUCGUCGUCGAUAUCGCCGCGUCGUCCGUCCACUCGGUCGCCCUCACCGAGUCGGGUCAUGUGUUUACGUGGGGCAGCAACAAGAAAGGGCAGCUCGGCCGCAAGGACGGGUUUGGGACCGAUCAAGGCUUUUCGUCGCCCAAGCGCGUCGACGCGCUAUUGCCCAAUCAUGCGCACUCGGCGGUGCUCGGCGACGUCACGCACGUUGCCGCCGUCAAGGUGGCCGUGUCGUGCAACCACACGUGCGUCGUCCUCAACGUCGAGAAGGAAACGUCCGCGAUUGUGCAAGGCCAAGUGUGGCAGUGGGGCUACAACGCCUACUUUCCGUCCCAAGUCUUGCUGCGGCACGUCGCCAAGGAGAGCCGGCUCCGGCAGCACCACCACAACCUCUGGGUCCCGCGCUGCCAGCAGCACGCGAUCAGCAUCGCCGACAUCUCGUGCGCGGCGCAACACUCGAUCGGUCUCAGCACGGCCGGCAAUGUCUACACGUGGGGCCAUGGCCCCGGCGUCCAAACCCCGAGCAUCAACUACGUCCAACUCGCCCACCGCGCGGUGAGCGUCUGUGCCGCCAAAGAGCACUGCGCCGUCGUAUUGGCGACCGGCGAUGUGUACACGUGGGGCUGCGGCUCUCUCGGUCACGAAGGCCGCAACUGGCAGCCCGUGCCGAAGCGCGUGCCAAGGCUCAAGCGCGCGUCCGCCGUCGCCGCCGGGCCCCAGCACACGGUGGUUCUUGUGGCGCCCGACCGCCCGCAACUGGUGCCACCGGCAAACGAGGAGCUGCCGACACUGGCGUCGCUCUGUGAACAGUCGCUCGCGGCCCAGCUCUCGCUCGAGACGGUUGUCAAGACGUACAACCACGCCGACGCGAUUUACGCCACGGCGCUCGUGAGCGUCUGCAACGAGUUUGCGCGGCGCAACUUUGACGCAGUGCUCGACAUGGCCAAGGACCUCGAAGAGUUUCCCAUUUACCUCGACGAAGAGACCGCGCCGAGGGCGAGUGCAGCCGACGCCUUGACACCGCGCGCGCCAAGCAAGUCGAUGCGCAUGCCAGGCGCGACCAUGGCACCGCAUGAAGUCGAGAAGCGUCUCCGUACGCUCGGCAAGCGGCUGCGACAGAUCGACGACCUCGAGAAACUGGCUACCUGGACCGACGCCCAAGCGGAAAAGUUGGCCCGCAAGCCGUUCAUUCUCGACGAGAUCGACAUACUGGAGCGCCACUUGGAGAAGGUCCGGGCGACGCCUCCGCCACCACCACCCGUCGCGUCGCCAGAGAUCACCGUCGCGGAUGCCUCCGAGAUCCCGGACGUCGUCGAUACGAGGCCAGUGGCCUAUGCCCCGUCGCCCGAGGUUGUCAUUGUGGAUCCGGUGCCAACGCUCAAGGGCAAGCGAGAGUCACCAAGAGAAAAGGCGUCCAAAGCCCAUCACCCGACAGAGAUGGCGGCUCGCAAGCCAACAAAAGAAGCUCGCAAGACAGAGCCAAAGGCCAAGAAGACCAAAACCAAGUUUGUGCCACUCGAUACGUUCUUGUUGUCGACGCCGGCGCCGCCUCCGAUGCCCAAGGCCGUCGUGGCUCCCGUGUGGAACAGCCCACCACAGCAUCGACCUAUCAAUGCACCGAGUACUCCCGCCGCCAAGAGCGGCCCGACGUUUGCGCUCGAGGCCUUUGUAAAGACCAAAGGACCCAAAAAACCGGCGCCCAAGCAGCAGUCGCCCAUGUGGGGGGCAGUACCAGCGCCUGUCGCCGUGCCGUCGCUCACGGCCAUCCAGAGCUCGCAAGUUGUCGAAGUGACGCAAACGUGGAACCUCAAAGAAAACUCGUGGGGCCUCUGUCAAGAGGAGAACGUCAAGCUCGAGGACGUCCAGACGCUCGCCCUCAUCGAGAAGCUGCUCGCCGAAGACGCUGCGGCCUUGGCCGCCAUGCAACAACAACAUCAACCUCGACCCAAGACGACCAGUACCCACCGAUCCAAGACCAAGGCGAAUGCAUUUCGAACGAGUAAGAAGGCUAGUACGUCGACGCAAGCGGCCUAGUUGUCGUCGCUGGACGCUUGCGCCGCGAGGGCUUCCAUGGACGUCCGGACGACCUUGAUGAACGCGUCGCGCUGCUGCACUUCGUACGAGUUUUGCUUUUGAGUCUGGUCGUCGACCUUGUAAUAGAGCGUGACCAUGAGCGCAUUC